AUGGAACGCUGGGUUCUAGAAGGAGAUAGCUACUCGUUACUUCGCAGUGCUCCACACACGUUCAACCUGCAAAAUCGUGACGGCCCGAAUCGUGUGGAGAUCUUUGACAUCACUGCUAUCCCCAGCCCUCAUAGUGCCAUAGCUGAAACAACAUGCCUUUGUGACAUUUUUGGGGAUGACGGUGAAUCUCCGUCACUUUCUAGUAGCCCAGCAUCUGCCACAUUUCUCAGGAGGGAAGUGGAUCAACCUUUUCCAACAGAUGAUGCCAAUGACUCUUCAGGAUCUUAUCACACUGCCAAUGGAUCUGACUUAAGUGACACACCUUCUCCAAAUUUAAAGGAUUUUUCCACUUCUGAGACCUGGGAAUCAAUUUCACCACCAAUUGUAUCAACCAUCUCAUCAGAUUCCAAAAAUGGACUUUACCCUCUUGAUAGCACACCACCUGCUGCCAAAGUGAAUGGUGAUGACCUUUCACAUACAGAUAACUGGGCAGAACCCCAAGUCUCAGUGAGCUCCACCACAGUGAAUGAAAUAGAAAACACCAAUGCGUCCAAAUCACAAGAUAUUAAUUCAACACCAGUUACUAGUCUGAUUAAUCCAGCAAAGGAGCCUCCUGAUCCCUCAAGUAAAACUAGUACAACAUCCUCAUUUUUGGAGGACAGAGAGCCUGCCUUUCUUGAGCAAGGAGGAAUGACUGCGACAUGUCAGCAUACAAAUACAAACACAUGUUUAUAUAGACAAGGCUGUAUACCCUUAUAUGAGUCAUCAGACUGUGCAUCCUCUCCACAAAUAAGUUUGGCAGAAUCUUCACCUGAGCAAAAUAAUGUGGUUUCUUCUGAGAACAAAGAAAGUAUGAACUAUCAUAGUUCACACAAGAAAACCUUCCACCUUGCGCAAGAGACGAUUAAAAGUGUUACCCCAUCAGAACGGUCAAAUACUUCUCAGAGAGACCGCAUUUGUAGCCCAAUUCAGGAAAUGUCUACUUUGCCUGAAAACAGAGAUAUUCAUUUCAUACCUGAACCCAGUGUCAGACCUGAGCUCAAAGUAACUUCCACUUCACCUGUAAGCAUGGACAUUAGCUUCACACCUAUGUCCACAGGUAAGUCUUCACCUGAGCAGCUGCAUUUGAUUUCAACUCAAGUGGGGAACACCUCAGAGUUUCCAUGCUUGGAGGAUACCUAUGGUGCAUCUUCAGCUGUAUCUACUCCUCCAGCCAAUGAUAAUAGGGAAAUAGAUUCACUAACUGUGUCGAAUAUUUCCACAGAAAAAAAAGAGCUGGUGUUUUCAUCCAAUCAGAUAUCGGUCUCGGCAGAUGACAAAGAGAUCAAUGAAAUCUUCUCUCUUGAUAACUCUGCACCAGCUUACUCACCAGAACAUGUAAUAAUUGACUCACCUAUGGGUUAUACCAUAAGCCCAUUGCCUAUAAAUGAGAAAAAGGUUUAUUCAACUGAACCUGAGCCUGAAGCCUCAUCAUCCUCCCCUGUUUUCACAGGGAUUAAUUACAGUGAUAUCUGCUCAUCUACUGAUCAUUCAGUUCCAAAUCACUCACCAGAACCAGUAAAGAUUUACUCACCAAUGUGUUAUACAAUUAGUCCAUCACCUACAAAUGGAAGAAAUGUUAAUUCAGCUGAGCCUGAAAAGUUACCAACCUCACCAGUUGUCACAAGGAUUGAUAACAGUGAUAUCUGCUCUUCUCCUGAUUGCUCAUUUCUAGCUUACUCACCAGAACCAGUAAUAAUUCACUCACCUAUGGGUUAUUCAAUUAGUCCAUCACCUACAAAUGAGAGAAAGGUUUAUUCAACUGAACCUGAAGCCUCACCAUCCUCUCCUGACGUCACAGGUAUUGAUUACAGUGAAAUCUGCUCCUCUCUUGAUCAUUCACUUCCAGCUCAUUCACCAGUACCAGUAAUAAUUCACUCACCUUUGGGUUAUACUGUUAGCACAUCACCUACAAAUGUGUUAAAGGUUUAUUCAGCAGAACCUGAUGACUCAUCAUCAUCCCCUGUCAUGACAGGGAUUGAUUAUGCAGCAACGCCUACAUUCAGUAGGGAUUCCACACCUGAAUUAAGGAAAAUUACCCCCACUCCAGACAGCAGACUAAACUACCUUACACCUGAACAAACAUCUUCAGCACCUUCACCAGAACUGAGAUCAGUCACAUGCUCACCUGAAAUCAAGACAAUUACAUACAGUGUUUUGUCACAAAAUACAAAAUACCCAGUGAUUGGAGGCAUUACAUAUAGUGCUGUUUCACCAAAUGACAUUUUGGCAGAGUCACCUGAGGUAGCGACAACUGUCCAUGGCAACUGUAAUGAAAAUUCUAACUCUCGUUUUAGAGAUGAUGCCUUCGUCUCACCUACCUCAAGGAUUGUUUUGUCAACACCAGAGAGCAUAUUAAGGCCCUCAUCAUCUGCUUUAAACCAUACAAGAGAUACAACAAUAUCCCCUGAUCUUCAACUAACCCUGGAACCUUCCAUCCCUUUGGAACAGACAGACAAUCACAUUUUACCCAUAAUUUGUGACAGAAUGACUCCUCCUUCCCCUAACCCAAUAAACAGCAGUCAUUUUGAUGAUCCUCCUCACUCAGAGAAUUUCAAUAGUAGUGCAUCAGUCCUAGUUCACAGUCAAAGGCUGAUCUUGCAAGAUUCACCAUCUAAACCCAUUAGUCCUGGAUCAUCAAUAGUACAAAAGAAAACAAAUCAGGAAAUUGUUGACAAUAACACAAGUGAUUUAAACAUGUGUGGAAUACCAACCUCCCUAAGUCCAUGUGCCUCAUCUGUGUCAAUGCCAGUGGCAUCUGUGGAGGAGAAACAAUGCUUGUUUUAUAACAGCAACAGCGGGACAGAAAUGUUGGAGAAUGAUUCUGACAGUAGUGGCAAGAGGCUUAGCCAAGUGCCUAUAGCAUUGAGGGAAAGCCCGGGGGCUAUCUGUAGGCAGAGGGGUGGAGAAUAUGACAGGCAGCCAUGCAGGGAAAAAGAAAGUGAAAAGAGGGAGGGAGAGCAGUGUGUAUUGGGAGAAGGGGAGGAGACUAUGGGAGAGAGUAGUUACAGAGGGGAACAGGUUGAGCUGUCAUUCAGUGCCAGGAAUAGAAAAGGGCCUGCAGGACACAGCCCAGCUCCCUCUAGUCGAGACCCAAAGUCGGGAAUUCCAGCUAACUGUUAUUUUGAGUCGCACCCAGCAACUCUGCAGCAACAGAGACAGUUCAGAGCACAGGGUUCACAACAAGAGAACAAGGGUGUCGCCAGGAGGGUCCAAUCAACUGUCAAGGGUAAAUACAGCAGUGCAGACUGUCUACCUCCAGAGUAUACUGGUGAGACCUUCAGCAUGGGAAGUGAGUUUGAUGAGGCAGACAAUGAGGUAAAGUGGCUUACAGAUCUGGCCUUCAGAAGCCUAUCUAGCCCUCAGGUGGAUUAUUUGGAUGUUUACAAUUCAAGCCACAGGUCAUCUACAAAUGUUUCACAGCCAUCAACCAUGGAUAGCCCUGGUGCUGUUGCAUGGAUGACCUACGCAGAUUUGCGUGGCUCAACUUUCCAUGAAAAUGAUGACUUGUUACACAGUUCCUCUUUUUUACCCCGUGAGGGCCUGGACCCGAACAAAGGCUUUGAGAUGGGGAGUUUUGAAUGUGUGGAUGUUGCAUUAGAUAGCAAGGAAGAGUCCAGCAGAGGAAAGAGGACAGUACCCAAGAGGCAGAUACAGCUGUUAAGGCGGAACACAGAUGAAUCCAAAACUAAAGGGAACAAUGGAAAUUCUUUGGAUUCACCCUCAACGCAUAGACGCUCGAAAGACAUCCUUGUUCGUCAACAUAGCACACCAGCUUCUGUGCAAGCGGUCAUGUCCAGAGAGGACCCAAAUUCACCUAAAUAUGAUAGGAAAAGGACAUUGCAGAAGUCUGUGUCUUUAGAUGAUGCCUCCUCUAAGACCCAAAUGGCCUCCUGCAUUAUCAAGAGUGUGCUGUCAAAGAAAAUCCAGGAUGCACAAAAAGAAACAUUAAAAAGUGAAGACCCAAGUCCAUCUAGGGAUAAAAACAAACAUCAUAAUAUUAGUCACAGCUCCUUUGAUGGUCUACCAAGAAACAUGGAGAAGCAUAGCUUAAGUUCUAGCCAGCAUUCUGAAUGUAAUCUUUCAACUGAAGAUUUUGCUGCCAGAGAGGAAAAAAAUCCAAAUCGUCAGCUGAAGAAGUGUGCCCCAAAAGUUCCUCCAAAACCAAUAUUCAGACCUGCAUUUAUUAACACUGGGAAUGCUGAGCUACCAGAUGACUUAUCAAGGGAUGAAAUUAGGCCCAAAGUGUCUCUUUCAGUUGAAGAGAAAGUGUGUAUGAAUGAUGGGAAGAAGGGAAGAGGUGGCAACCUGGGAGAGAGGUUCAAUAGUGACUCAGCAUAUGCCAGAGCCAGGAACACAAGUGUUGCUGUUGCCACUCAAGCAGAAAGCAUGCAGAGCAAAACAAUAAGCAGAGACACAGAGUGCCAAAUAACACCAGAAAACCAAAGACAACAGGGUGGCAAAUGCGUAUUUAUGUCAAAAACUCCAGAAAUAACUCUGAAACUUUCCACAAUCAAAGAAAAAAAGAAGUCUUCUUUGAAAGUUUCUCUAUCCCCUGAUGUAGAACGGUCCAGAGAAAUGUGUGAAUCUCAGUCUGCAGAAGAUAUAAGCACAAAAUCUAUGGAAGUUACAAAAACUGAAGAAGAUAAUGACAACAACAAAGCAAAGUCUGUCAUACAUAGAGUUAGAGAUGUAAGGAAAUUGGUUAAAAACUCAUACAACCUGUCUUUUAAAGCAUCAAAUACAACAUCUACUGCAGAAGACACACUCAUUCAAGAGGAAAGAGAGAAGCCACCACAAACUCCUCCAGCCUUGAAUAUUAAAUGUAAAGCUAUUAGUUGGAAGGACAAGCAAACAUCAGGCAGUAAAUCAAUCCACUGGCAAGGUGAAAAACAGGCUGUUGACAUAUCAAAAAUAUCUCAACCACGGGAGGGCACAGGGAAAAGCAGAGAUACUGACAACACUGGAAUAACAUCCAAAGCCCCUCUGCCAAAGAUACUAACUACUGAACCCAAAGUGACAGAUUCCCAGUGUGCAACCUUAGAUGAAUUAAUUGAAUUUUCAAGAUCUUCCAUUCACUCUGAUCCAAGUACUAAGCAAGGGAUGCCCCCUAGACCCCCUAGUAAGGAGAGGGAAGUGUCUGCAUUAGUGGUUCUGCAGGAUGGCCCAUCCAAGACAAUUCAGAGUACCUCUGACUAUAAAAGCACUAACCCCACUCAAAUAAAAGCUACAAGCAGCAGCCACUCUGUCUCCAUGCUGCUUAAGGAGAAAGGAAUGCAGGCUGACAUUGGAGUGUGUGAUGUUGUCACUGAAGGUGCGAGUGCUACAGCUAAACAUGUCAAUAGGCUUGAGGUACCUUUACAGGCCUGUUUAUCAGAAGGUAUCUCAGGUGAAGCAUUGUCUUGCAACUUAACACUUGUUGACAACAGUUCCUUGAAGACAUCCCAUAGUCAGGAUGAGUCAAAAGAACAAAGUGAGAGUCCCAAAGGAAUGCUGACAGAAGAAUCUUCAAUACAACAAACAAAGGAAGAAGAAAAGAAAAAAAUAACUGCCACCACAACUAUGAUACAAAUGCCAACUAAUUUAACAACAUUAUUAAAGCCAGAGGCGAUGACUUUUUCAAGUAAUUCAAAAAAUAAUGCUGUGCCAGUGACUGCGUCAAAAGAGAUUGAGUUACCUAUACAAGUGAGGUCAAUAUCCAGUGAUAGGCUGAAACCAUUUGUGCCUCCAAAACCCAGCUAUAAAAAGUCAUUUGCAGAGAAAAAUGAGAUACCAGCAACACUGAUAAACAAGGAUCAACCGAAUGAGGCCUCAUCAAGCAAUACACAAACAUUAGCUCUGUCGGCUGUAUCAAGCUACAAACCACCACCCAUUCCAGUGACAACAACUCCAAGUUCUGUGCAGAAAUCCACCACAAUGACAUUGGCCAAUGUGGAUCAACAGCAAUCUUCAACCAAUAGCACUUGCCAGCAACUGACCACAUCCAUUAAUCAAGACCAGUUAAUACUAGCUAGUUCUUUUGCUUCCAAUCCAUCUGUGAGGCCCACAGGUCCACAUACCCAUAGUCACACACAUCCUGUGUCAAGAGCAUCACCUAAUGACAGAUUUCACAAAGACGACUAUUGUUUCUAUGCAUCUGAUGACCCCCCCAGCUAUGAUGAGCGAGAGAGUUUCAGCCCAUUACAGUUGUCAGACUUGCCCCCACAAAAGCCGUACAUUCAUCCAACCACUAAGCAAUCUUCAUGUUCCUGCACAUUAAGUUCCCACUCACAUCGAGGUCAUCCCAACCACAACUCACAAGAAUGGAUUCCCCCAGUCUCACAGUCUCCAGGCCAAGUCCUCACCUGUCCAGGAGCUCCUCCACAGGCUCAGGUUCGUCCUCAUCAGUGCAGACCAGAUGGACAGGCCCAAAAUUACUCAAGAGUCUCCCCAAAUACCUCAAUACCCAAUGCCCCAGCAUUAAUUCAGCCUUUGCACCACCCAAGAACCUGUCCUGUUGCAAAAACUCAACCCUACAGUGGUGACCAAUCUCCAGCUUCUGGGCAGCACAGGGACAGAGUUCCAGUAAGUCAUCAUUCUCCACAAGCAGCAGAUCCUGUACCAUAUCAUGAGUACCCUCCAGCUAACAUGUCUACUCUGGAUCCCAGAACUCAGUUGUUUAAUCCCCAAGAUUUGCCACCAUCCUUUGGUCAUGAUUAUGGGAGUGAAGUUCCAGGUGGAGCCAGUGUAUUAUAUCCAGAGAGUACAAACGGACCUAGCUGUGGCCAAGGUCCUCGUCGUGUACUUCUUGAUCCUGAGACUGGUAAAUACUUUUAUAUCGAGGUACCAAUGCAGCCACUCAGAAAAAUGCUGUUUGAUCCAGAAUUAGGCCAGUAUGUGGAAGUUCUCAUACCACAGCAGGCAAUGUCCCACUCUGGGCUGUACCCACCAGCUGCACCCCCAUACUCCUCACUGCAAAAUCCAGGUUUGUAUGCACCGCAGUACCUACCUUAUGCAAUGCCAUCUUACCCAGCAAUGCCAAGCAGUGCCCAGCAAGCACGACAUUUAGAGCCGCCUCCUGUCCCCACAACACUUCACCAGACUUCCUUAAGAUAUGGAAGCCCUGCGAGCCAGAUGCCAAAAAAUGAACCAAAAGGCCACUCAUCACUGGAUCAAAGCUAUUUAGAGACCAUGUAUUACAUUCCUACUGGGAUGAAUGCAAGUCCAAAUUCUACUCCUUCAGGCUGUUACCACAAGCCACCUUCAAGCAUGCCUCCUUCAGGAGGAAGAAGAGCAUGAAACAACAGUAGAAGUAUGCAGCCUGUUUAUAUUUGAAAUCUGUUCUAGUGAGCGGGGUUUUUCAUCAAAAAUAAUUUAGAGUCAAAAGUUGUGGUUUCUCAGUUGGAAGACUAUAGGACUGUUCACACUGAACACGUUUUUGCAUUCUUCUGCAAUGUUUUUUUAAUUAUUUUUCUUAUGUAAACAUACGCUAGACCAUUGUGCCACGUUUUGCUGUUUUUUUUUUUUUUUUUUUUGUUUUUUCAGCAUCUCGUGCAGGAGCGCCACGUUUUUAUGGUUUUAAAAAUGUGUUUUAAGACACUACACCUGCGUUAAGAUAUCUGCAUUUUGCCUUAUGGUUGCAGAAUUAAAGUUGUUUUGGCUGCUUUUAUUUCAAAAUAACUAUAAAAAGUACGAUGUUAUGUAAUAUUUCCAAAUGGGCUGUUUGCUGACAUUUGAUAUAUCAUGGUUGUCAUUGUCUUGUGUACUGUCCAAACGAUAAAGUGGAAUAAUGUGAGUCCUUCUCUUUUCACCUAUGUAUCUGUAGGCCAAGCUUAUGCAAAUAGUAAUCCUGUCUUUUAAAGCUGGCAUGGUUCAAUCAACAAUACCUUCUCCGUGAACACCCUUAAUAGUUACAAGUUAUGUAUUUCUGUGGGGAUUUAUUUUGUAAUUUCUCAGUUCAGACAAAAAUUCUAAAAUCAUUAUAUGGCAUAAAUUAAUUUCUUUGUGCCAGGCCUUUGAUGUGCCCUGAUGGGUUGUGCAAGUAAAAUAAUGCUGUACAUUUGGGUAAAAAAAAUAUGUGAAUGAGCAAGAUCAUCAGUAUCAAAACUGCUUCAGAAUUGUUUUCUAUCAUCAGAAGAUUGCCAUUGACUAUUUUUUUACACAUGGAUGCACCCAAUUAAAGAUUAAUUGUGUACAGUUCUCACGUCUGAUAUGUUCUAAUUGUCUAAUAUUUUGUUAUGAUGAUGACUUUUGAGUAAUUGUAAAGCUAAAAGCUAUGUUCAUAAAUACUUAAAUUGCUGCAAUAAUUAUAGUCACACCAUAGAUUAAAGGAAACAUAAGAGUUUCCAAUUCCUCAAAUGCAACUAUUUCAUGUUGACAUAUCCAUUUUGGGAGAACACUUGCCAGCAACUGCACAAUUUAAGAUGACUCACUUUGAGUUUAGGACUACUAGUGCACUAUCAUUUAAGUCUAAGGCUGACAUCUAGUGGACAAGUCCCAUCUGUCCACAGCUUGCUCUCAAUGAUGUUGUCUUUUGCAUGAGAUGAUUUGCUUUUUGAGGGAGGAAAAAAGAAAGAAAUACUGGCCUGAUACUGUAAACAUUCCAAUAAUCCACACCAAAUUCAAGCAACUGCAUCUCUAAACCAAGGACUGAUUAAAGACUGGGCCAAUGUGGCCAGUGCCCUGGGGUCUCUGGCUACCAUAGAGGGGUCUCCAGGUAAAAGAAACCAAGAAAAAAAACCCACUGCAGAUGUAAAACCACAUAUAGAUUGGCACAAUGUAAAAUAAAUAAAGUAAUGCAAAAUGUCAUCUUUUCUAGCCCCUUACCAUCUCUUUUGCAACAUAUCAUGAUGAUACAUCAUGAUGGCGCCGCGGAUGGCUGCCUCGGUGUGGAGCGCUCCUAUUGUUUUGUUGUUUUUUUUUGUUUGUCCUGUGUUUAGUAAUCUUUUUCCAGUCAGUUUUACCAGAGACGAACUGCUGAACAUUCGACAGCAUAUACCAGACAAUCUUUUCCCAGAUUUUGAAUAAUCAGAUGUUUUGCUGGACAUUUUAGUUGGAGGCGCAGCUCUGCUGUUCAAGAGACGCAGGCGAGGGAGACGAGCAGGCACACUGGUCAAAUUCCGUCUGCGCAGAUUUCGAACAGCACUGCCGAGUAUUCACUUAGCAAAUCUCCACUUUCUUCUUAACAAAACAGACGAACUACAUCUCCUCACCCGCACAAACAAGGACUUUUCAACCUCUGCUGCCUUGUGCUUCACAGAAACCUGGCUGAGUGAAGCCAUUCCAGACAGUGCAUUACAUCUGCCGGGCUUCCAGCUGUUCAGAGCGGAUCGCAUCGCAAAGUUAACGGAAAAUGAGAGGCGGUGGAAUAUGCUUUUACAUCAAUGAAAGUUGGUGUACAGAUACAAUGUUAAAGAGGAUGUGCAGUCCUAAUUUGGAAGCGCUCUUUAUUAACUAAGCCUUUCUACUCGCCGCAGGAGUUUUCCUAGUUUAUUCUGGUGAGUUUGUACAUCGUGCCAAACGCGUGUUUGAAUGCAGUGCUGCAACAGCUGGCUGAUCAAAUCACAGACACAGAACAACAAUACCCAGACUCAG